GCGGUGUCAAUCAGCACUAACAGGCUCCACCUUUGACAGACCAAGAUGGCACUUCCUGUUUCCAUUAUAGGAGGUAGAUGUGGAGGCACUCCUUUUGAUUUCACUGGGUACAGCAGUGGUGCUUUACUAGAGAAAAUUGGUGUUUGGUGUGGAAGCUGGCAGAUUAAGGCUAUGAAAGUGUGGCUAACUAAUGGGAAAAGUCAACAAUUUGGAAUUUCAGGGCAAUACCCCUAUAGUAAGUUUAAAUUUGAGCCUGGAGAGUUUUUUUCUUGUCUCUCACUUUGGGAUAAUGGAGCUGGGUUACGUCUUGGGGCCAUCAAGUUCAGAACUACUAAAGGUAGAGAGUUCUUUGCCAAAAUGACUGACCGUGGCUUAAAGACAGAGUAUCCAAUUGAUGUUGGCUCUGGAGUUUGCUUGGGAGUUAAGGGAAGAUUAGGUGCAGGUAUUCAUUCUGCAGGCUUUAUGUUCAUCAACUCCAUCAAAUACACUGAGAUGAAAAAUGUUGAGUACCCAACUCUGUUUCAGGUGAUUCCUACUGUGAAUGUAGAGGAUAUUAAAUCAAUGAGUUAUAAGAACAGCUCUACAGUUGAGCAGCAAUAUACAAUGGAAACCUCCAAGAAAAUCUCCAAAAAGUCAUCUUGGUCUGUUUCCACCAGCAUGGAGUCCUCCUUCUGUAUGUCAGUCCAAGCUGGUAUUCCUGAAGUGGCAGAGGUGGAGCAAGAAUUUACUUUCAAUCUGAGCCCCUCCUCUACAUAUGCAGUGGAAAGCACCGAAGAGAGAACUGAAACCAUGUCCUAUGUUAUCAAUGUUCCUCCAGGGAAGACCAUGGAUAUCAACGUCACCAUUGGCAGAGCAAAUGUUGAUCUUCCAUACGAGGCUACUGUGGUCGUUACUUGUACCAAUGGCAGCACUUACCAGUAUGACAAAACUGGUGUCUAUAAAGGGGUCACCUACACUGAUGCAAAAGCUGUUAUUGAGGAAUCUGUCAAGCUACUUAAGUAGAAUACAUUUCCUUUGUAGUUUGUUAAAUGAAUUCCAAUGAUUUUCUUCAAUACAAGUUUAUCUUUAACCUUCCUUCAAAAUACUUUUCAAAUAAUAUUUACAGGAAAUACUUUAAAUUGUUCAGUUAAAAGGCAUUAUUGCUCUUUGUUUGCAAUCUUGUCAAGCUAAAUGGAAGUUCCAUUUAGGGAUUUUAGAGCACAAAGUGGGAUUCUAGAGUAUUUUGUUUAGUUUGCUUUGAAGAUCAGAGAAAUAAAGUUGAGCAUAAGUGAUAAUGAGUUUAAUACACCCUGGUGGCAGAGAUGGAAACCAGUAAACCAGGUCUUCCAUUUAUGUGCUUGUUUGGGGUAAGAAGGGGAGGGAAUCGGGACUGGUUUUUCAGAGAAGCCCCCACCCAUUGCUGAUUUAGUAACUAAAAUUAAUUUUAUUUGCAAAGAUCUCUCUUUCUCUGUCUCUCUCUUUUUCUCAUCAACAAGCCUUAUCUUUGCUUUGCUUAAGUACACAUAAUCUGCAAGUACAGAAGCCGUCUGGGAGUGCCCAUCAGUGAUUUGUUGUUAACUGAAUGAAGACCUAAAGCACCCAGGUUGUUUGAAUCUAGACAUCACUUCAAAUUUGCUGCUACUAGCUUUGAUGCAAAUAAAUAUGAAACUUGAAGCCAA